CCAUUGUCAGCUCAAUUAGUCUCGUUUCCUUUGUUUCGCGUUUCUUUGUCUAUUUAUGACCUCAUAUUAAUGAAACUGUCGUACUUAAACAACUCGCCAUCAUCUGAGGUCUAACGCCCCUGGUUAUUGAACCACACACAUUCAAAACACCAGAGACCGAGUGCCUCAACUAUAAUGACAGCCGCUCCAAAACAGUCGGAUCCUGCCUCCGAAGAAGACUCUGUACAUGCACCCAAUAACGCGAACAACAUUCAUGAUGAAGCGGCGAUAAAAAAACAGCCCGGCCGGAAAAAAUGGUUCAUAAUUGGUGCAAUUGUGUUCCUAAUAGUGCUAAUACUGAGCUUGACGCUGGGGCUGUAUUACGGACUCAGAAAGGUAUGUUGCAACUGAUCCCUCAAGCACAGUCUUUGGCAGUCUGUAGAAUACAAUCUGAAGCACGACUGAACCUGUGUUCUCCAAAGGAACACAAUGUCGAUAAAACCGCCGCCAAAGACAACACCAACCAAACUCCCUCUCCACAACCCAGCGAUAAUCCAAACAACAACUCAGAUGACAAUGAUAAUAACAAAGACAAGGGGAAAAGCUCAGAUGACGAUAAAGAAGAACCCGCCAAGAAGAGAGAAGGACCGUUUGUGGACCUGGGGUACUCCAAAUAUGAAGGCAAUGUCCUCGAGAGCAACAUUCAUGAGUAUCUCGGUAUACGCUAUGCGAAAGCCCCAACAGGGGAUCUUCGAUGGAGAGCACCUGAAGAACCCGAGUCCACAACCGGAACGCUAAAGGCUCAAGAGUACGCCCCUUACUGCCCAGGAGUCAACGACGGUCUCAGCUCGCGCAUUGACGAAGACUGUCUAUUCGCCAACGUAUGGACUCCAGCAAAUGCAACCUCCGACUCGAAACUCCCCGUCAUGGUUUUCUUCCAGUCAGGUGGCUACAUUAGGAACGCUUCUCCCUACGUGAAUGGUACACAGCUCAUCUCGGCCUCAAACAACAACAUCAUCUUUGUUAACUUCAACUACCGUGUUGGCAUGUUUGGGUUCCUCGCUUCCAAGGAGGUCAAAGAAGAUGGCCACCUUAACGCAGGAUUGAUGGAUCAGAGAUUCCUCCUCAACUGGAUUCAGAAACACAUCGAGGAGUUUGGCGGCGAUCCUGAGCAUGUUAUCCUCCAUGGUGAAUCUGCGGGUGCCGGAUCUGUGGCCCUUCAACUCGUUGCGUAUGGUGGAAAGGACGAGGGACUUUUUGCUGGUGCCAUUGCUGAGUCGACAUUUAUGCCUGGCCUCCCCAACCCUGACGAUCUACAGUAUCAGUUCGAUCGAGUUGUCAACGCCACAGACUGUGCGGACGCCGACGACACAUUGAAGUGCCUCCGCGGAAUCAAGUCGACAGACCUCCAAGCCCAUAACGCAAAGGCUCCUUUCGACGGCCGCACUUAUCGAUCUUACUUCUACUGGGCACCCACUACUGAUGGUGACAUGUUUCCAGACUUGCCUUCUAAGCUCUACGAGAAGGGCGAAUUUGUCAAGGUGCCACUACUCUCUGGCUCUUGUACAAAUGAGGGAUCCAAUUAUGCCGUCAACGCAGGCAGCUCAGCCCAGUUCAUACGCUACAUGCAAAAUGAAUACCCCUAUUUGACCACAGAAGAUACCGAGACCAUUCUCGACCUCUACCCACAAGAGCCCAAGAUCGUAAAACACGAUACUUGGUUUCCCUCAGCCUCGCGCGCGUACGGCGAAGCAACCUUCAUCUGCCCUACAAACAACAUCCUCAACGCCUUCGCUGAGCACGCCGACCCCAAGACCCUCUGGUCUUAUCGCUAUAAUGUUGCCAUUGAAGAGUUCACCAACGACGGCUAUGGCGUUCCCCAUGUCUCCAAUGCGCCCGCCGUGUUUGGCCCUGAUAUGACAGCUGCCAAAGCUGGCCCCAGCUAUCGCACUUACAACGCGCCCAUGGUCCCCAUUGUCCAGAACUACUGGAUCAGUUUUGUCCGUAGCUUCGACCCAAACACUCACCGUGACGAGGAUGCUCCUCGCUGGGAGAAUUGGGGUGAUGACCAACGACGUCUAGUGUUUGAGUUGAACAACAACACAAUGGAGAGUGUGGACAAGGGUCAACGGGAGCGAUGCGAGGCUUGGUUAGAUAUGAGUGGCUCUACCAAGCAUUAAUGAUCUUCACGACUUUGAUUACAUCACGAUUCACAAGCAUUUAUUUUAUCGAAUAUACUUGAUACCCAUGUCAUAUACAUAAUACAUCUACUCACAUUCACCCUGCCGAUUCAAUGUGAUCUCCUAGUCUAGUUGAUUUCGUUCAUCA